GUGUAAUUUCAUUAUCAAUUUCAGAUACGGAAUUAAUUAAAAUUCCACUCUUUUCUAUGGAUUCCCUGCGACUUUCGCAGAUAGAUGAGGCGUCCCUGUCGUCGCUGUCGUUGCGGUCGCUUGACUCUGAUCCCCUGUCGACAAGCCAGCAUGUCCGGUCGUACCACCCUCCGGACGAGGCAAAAACAAGACAGAACUCCACUGCGUCUGUGCCGGCGCCCUGGCCAGCCAACGAGUCAAAAUCGCCAGACUUGCACCCACGUCGCAGCUCUGGGUUUCGCAGACGCGCAUCUACGCUUACGUCCUGGCUAAAACGUGCCGUUUCUGAUGAGGGGUUGCAGGAACCGGCCAGCCGACGACUCACCAGACAGUUCACCCAACAGACGUCGCCUGGAACGUCGCCAUUUUACGUGGAUGGCUUGAUUCCCAGCUCUGCCAACGACGCCAAUGAGGAGGUCAUUUCUGCGGUGCUGAACAGCGACGACUCGGACACAGAAAGCGACCAUGACGACGUGGGCCAGACAGAGUCCUUGUCCCGAGCCCCAACCAUCACGAAACUCAACAGCAUCCGACGCCAGGUCACCAACGAGGUCAAAGACAAGCUUACCAAGAUCGGCUUUUUCGACCCCAAAUUCAACAAAAUCAAGACCGUGCUCCAUUUCAUCAAGGGCUACGCUUUCAUUACCGGUGUAAUUAUGGCCAUCUACAGUCUCUACUGGGGAACGAUGUACCACCGCAACUCGCGACUUAAAAGCUUCCAUUUCUGGGUUGUUGUUGAUGAGAACGACCUGCUUUCGCAUUACGUUGUCGAGGCUACCAAAAUGAUGCCAUUGAUCGGCACGUGGCUCCCCAAGCCGUACCAGACCAUCUCCAACGACACAGAUCAGUUGCACUCGAUUCUGGCACAUAAAGUUUACAGACAGCAAAUCUGGGGCGCUGUACUUGUACAGCCGGGGGCCGGGUCGCGCUAUCUGGAAGCGUUGCAGAAGGGCACGAGCUUCAACACGUCGGACGUCGUGGAGGUGAUCUACGAGACGGGCCGCGACUAUGUGGCCGAGUCGUCCUACUUUACGCGGGGCUUUGCGCAGCUGCAAACAUUUUUCACCGAAUUACAGCCCAACAUGACCGCUCGUCUCGUGGAAGAGUUGUCGGACGAGCAGAAACUGAAUAGUCUGCAGCAACUUUUGACGCCAAUCAUUUUCAAAACUACUGAUCUCACCCCCUCACACCUUCUGGUGCCGAUAGUAGCUGGUCCGCAGCAGUUCGGUCUCGUGUACUUGCAUCUGUUGUCGCUACUCCAGUUUGCGUUUUUCCAGCCAUACCACAACAAAAUCGCGUCGCAGCUCAAAGACGGCUCGUAUCUAGCGUUCCGGCUGAUCUCUUCGCAGAUAACGUACCUGGUACUUGGACUAGGGUACACGCUUGUGCAGGUGUUCUUCCAAAUCGACAUAUACUCAGGGUACCCACAAAAGGUGGGGUUUCUCAUCUUUUGGCUCGUGUCGUACCUGGUGCUGUCGUCGCUUGGUGGUGUCAACGAGAACAUUAGCAUUUUUCUGCAGGCUGCCAAACCCAAUCUAAUCCCAAUGUGGAUGUUUUUCUGGAUGGUGUCGAACAUCGCCCCCACAUAUUACCCGCUAAACUUGAGUCCCAAGUUUUAUCGUUAUGGAUACAUGAUGCCUAUAAAGAACGGCUACGAUCUGUACAAAACGCUGCUGUUCAACACUUAUAAGGACGCAAACAUGCCGCGCAACGUGUGCGUCCUGAUAGGCUGGGUCGUGGUCACCAACUGCCUGCUGCCGUUCACAAUGAGAAAGUGCGACUGCUCAAAAAGAUCAAGCGACUGCGUAAGAAGAAGCUCCACGUGA